GCUGGAGCGGCGUGUGCGGCAGCUGGAGGAGGAGCUGGCCCGGGAGAGGGGCGAGCAGCGGGCGGCGCGGCCCCGCAUCGAGAGCAUGAGCCCGGAGGUGACGGACUCCAACCCAUACAGUCGCUUGAUGGCAUUAAAAAGAAUGGGAAUUGUCAAAGACUAUGAGAAAAUCCGUACUUUUACAGUUGCAGUCGUAGGUGUAGGUGGAGUUGGCAGUGUGACUGCUGAAAUGUUGACAAGGUGUGGCAUUGGUAAGCUCCUUCUGUUUGAUUAUGACAAGGUGGAAUUGGCAAACAUGAACAGGCUCUUCUUCCAACCUCAUCAAGCUGGAUUAAGUAAAGUGCAAGCAGCAGAGCAUACUUUGAGGAAUAUUAAUCCUGAUGUUCAGUUUGAAGUACAUAACUACAACAUCACAACACUGGACAACUUUGAACACUUCAUGGAUAGAAUAAGUAAUGGUGCACUAGAGGAAGGGAAGCCUGUCGAUCUUGUUCUAAGUUGCGUGGACAACUUUGAAGCUCGCAUGGCAAUUAACACGGCCUGCAAUGAACUUGGACAAAUCUGGAUGGAAUCUGGAGUGAGUGAAAAUGCAGUGUCAGGACAUAUACAGCUGAUCAUACCUGGUGAAACUGCUUGUUUCGCGUGUGCUCCUCCACUUGUAGUUGCUGCAAAUAUUGAUGAGAAAACAUUAAAACGAGAAGGAGUUUGUGCAGCUAGUCUUCCUACGACUAUGGGUGUCGUGGCAGGAAUUCUUGUACAAAAUGUUCUGAAAUACCUGUUAAAUUUUGGUACUGUGAGUUAUUAUCUUGGUUACAAUGCCAUGCAGGAUUUCUUUCCAACUAUGUCUAUGAAGCCAAAUCCACAAUGUAGCGACCAAAAUUGCAGAAAACAGCAAGAAAAUUAUAAGAAAAAAGAAGAUGCACGACCAAAACAAGAAGUAGUUGAACAGGAAGAAGAAAUAGUACAUGAAGACAAUGACUGGGGCAUCGAGUUAGUAUCGGAAAUUUCAGAAGAUGAGCUGAAGGCUGCAUCUGGCCCAGUACCUGAGCUUCCCGAGGGAAUUACAGUAGCAUAUACUCUCCCAAACAAGGAAGAGAAUUUGCUAACUGAGGAAAUGGUAUCUGAGCCUGAAGAAAGCCUAGAAGAACUCAUGGCCAAAAUGAGAAACAUGUAGCAAACCAAAUAUUAAGUACAACUUUUGGGAGUUUGGAUUGACACUUUUUUUUUUUUUUUUUUUUUCUUUUUCUCCCUGAAACUUAUCUUUACAUUUCACAUGAAAUGAAACUGUUACAGGGGCAGGAAGGAAACAGACUUACUUUGUUUCUAUUCUGUUGUCCAGUCUUUAAGAUAGCGAGUUUUGCUACUGUGAAUUUUAAUUUCUCCGAAUUGCUAGGGUCCAGAUACUCAUAAAAUAAAAGGAGAUGGUAAAUUACCAAAAGCAGGCAUAGCACAUUCUAGGCCACAUCAUGUGAUGGAACAGUACAUAGUGUAGGACAAGUGAAAGAUGAAGUCUGCUGGAGUAGACUGAGUAGGUCAAGGGCAGGUGAUCAUGCCUCACUCAUACUGCUGCUGCUCAUUUUCCAAGCACUUGUGUUCAUCUUUGUUCACUGCUGUCUGUAAAUUCUUGGUGUGGAUUGUGCUGUGGCUUCUUAUUUCUGAGCAAACAGAGCAUUACAGUUUUUUAUCUGUCUUAAGUAGCUCUGGGAUGGAAUAUUUUUUUUAGAUUUUCCUUAUUUUAUCAAAGUUUUUGUUAAGAACUACUUGUUCUUAAAUAGCUGCCUGUAUGUUUUGUAUGCGAUAAUGUUUUGACUAUGCUGCAACAAGGCAAAGUCUUUUGUUAGUAGAUAACUGUAGUAGCAGACUGAGUAUUGGCAUGCCACUGUUUCAACUGGCAGAUAACUUUUCAUGACAAAAUCUGUAAGAAUUACUAGCAAUAUCAGAAAGAACAGGUGAUUUUGUCUUAUCUCUUCAAAAAUCUCAAUAUUGUAUUUUUGUUGGCUAUUAAAAUUUUUGCUGUAAUUCUGAUCCAUCCCCAUCACAUGGGCUGUAUUGAGGAAUAUAUUUAUCUGAGUUUGCAGAGGAAGGCUUCCAAAAUUAGAUGCUCUAAACUUUUAGUGUUGCAAAUCUCUUCAGCAGGGUAGCUGAGCUAUUGUAUCUGUCCUGUAAAUAAUGUUAGUACAGUUUUGUUAUCUUUUAAAUUAUCAUGUGUUAAACUGACCUGUAAGUGUCCAUAUCCUGUAGUGCCAGUACACUGCAGAACUGGAAGUAUCUAUUCCAAAUAUUUUAACUCCUGUGGGUGUCCUAUCCAGAACCUGAUCAUUAUAUUUGGCUUAGAAGAAUGUAAAUUUCAGCCUUUGCAGUAUAAUACAAAUAUCACCAACUUGGGCUGUUCAAAAACCAGCAUGAUGCAGCCAACACAGAGCCAGCUAGUAGUGCUAGUAGGAGUAUCCACCCAACAUGUAAAAAAGAAAUAUUAUGGAGGUGCUCCUAUUUUUUAGGGCAGCUGAAUGAAUACGGUUACAAACUUAAAAAUCUGUUUCCUCUGCAUCUGACACCAGAUUAUAAUAUAUACAUAAAAAUAAUUGCUGAAGCUAGUGAGGGAGGGUUUAAGUGGGCUUUGGGUGUGGUGCAUUAUACUGUAAAGUGGAAGUGGGUUUUUUGGGUUGAGUUCAGUUUUGGAGAAACCAGAUUUUAGAAAUUAACUGUAAAGAGGGAUGGGAAAUAGAAUGAUGAGAUCAUUACAGAGGUACAUACUUGAAUCUGCGUCACUAAGUCUACGUUAACUUGAUUCAAGUGUCAAUUUAAGUGUUCCUUACAUUUCUUUGUGUCUCUACCUUUCUGCUGAGAACAAUAAAAGUGAGGCAGGCACCUGGCUCUGGAGAUCCUGAUGUAAACAGCCAACUCAUUUCUACAACAGCUCAGUUAAUCUUGACUCUCAGCUGUUUGGCUGACAUGACUGCUGUCACCUGACUGACAGCUUUUCAAGAGGCAACUGUUUACCAUUUUACUUCAUGUACAGUUUUAUGAGCAAAUUAAUACAAUUUUGUAUGCCCCCUUACAGAGGAUGCAAAAUGGUUCUUGGGUUAGGUUCAGACUUUCAACUUGUAUAUACAAGAAGAAUUUGAAAGAAUUGGAAAGUACAUUAAGAUGAUUGUAUGUGCCAAUGGUUAAAACUAUUU